AUGACAUAUUUUACAUCUUGGGAGGAGUUUGCUAAAGCAGCAGAAAGAUUAUAUUUAAAUGAUCCGUCCAAAUGUCGUUUUGUGACAAAAUACAGACACUGUGAUGGAAAACUGACUAUCAAAAUUACGGAUGAUAAAGCGUGUUUCCAGUAUCGGACAGAGCAUGCUCAGGAUGUGAAAAAACUGGAAAAGCUGACUGGCCAGCUCAUGAGACAUAUGGCAUCGAAGGAAAAGUAG